AUGUAUUCUUACCGUAUGCUCACGACGGAGGAGAGACCGAGGAACUACGACUUCACGUUCCCGUUGCAGUUCGUGCGAUCACCAAACCGGACGGACCAUGAUAUCCCAAGCAGCAACCAGCCAAAUACCAACCAUGCAUCAGAGGGUUAUGAGGACGAUACUCUCCCUGCAGUCAACGGCGCAGCACGAACUGGAGACCAUAUCAAUGAGCCUGUCGUGAACGACGAGACCCUUCCUGCAGUCAACGACGCAGCACGAAAUGCAUACCAUAUCAAUGAGCCUGUCACGAACGAUGAGACCGACUCUGUGCAGCACUUGGAUGCUAAAUUCGCAAUGGCAACUCGACACCAGCCUCACCAGACAAGAUACCGUGGGGAUCCGGGUAACCCAAGAAACCAGUGCGCUAUGAUUCCGAUUGAAGAGAGCACAUGCAUUUGGAUCGAGAACCUUCCCACAGAAUGCACGGAGGCAGUGUUGCUUGACAGCAUCAGAAACUGCGGAAAGAUAUACUCUCUCAACAUCGUUCCGCCUGGCUAUAAUCAUCAUACGCCGGCCGCCAAGCUGACGUUCUGGGCGCGUGAAGGGGUCGACCGUCUCAUGGAACAGUACCGUCAGGGCCUCUUCACCGUGAACGUGAAUGUCCCUUGGGGACCAGACCCGUGCGAAUAG